AUGCCAGCUUUCACAUUAUAUUUCGGGUCUGUUACUCCCGAAGGACAGACCUACCUCCCGUCUCUAUGGACGUCGCUUUGGACAGCAAUGGGUGGCUUUGCACAGGCAAUCGGUGGAUUCUCGAUCGGCACAGUCAUGGAUCGAUUCGGUCGCAAGUGGACCAUGGUAGCGAUGGCAGUCUUCUCUGUCGCUGGUGUUACCGUACAAUAUUUCUCCAAUAGCCGCGGCUUACUGUUGGCGGGGAAAAUGCUCAAUGGUUUUGCAAUCGGUGCCCUUUUCGCAGUAGCAACUUCCUGGGCUUCAGAGAUUUCAUCUGCCCGUCUACGAGGAAUUAUUCAGUCCUCAUUGAUCUUAUUCCAGACAUGCAUGCAGAUGCUCGGCUUGGGGAUUAUUAGGGCGCUCGUUCCCGACCUCCGGCCCCAGGCGUUUAGAAUCGCAUUUGCCAUCCAAUGGCCCUUGGCAGCCAUCAUUGCGGCAGUCUUUCCCUUCGUCCCAGAAUCCCCGGUUUAUCUGAUAAACAAAGGCCGUAUUUCCGAGGCAAAACAGUCCAUCGCGACCCUAUAUGGAAUCGACAACUCGGUAGAUGCACGUUUGGCACACUUGAUUGAGAUAAUCCGUCACGAAAAUGCGGGGCAAGAAGUCUCAGCCGGCAGCUACCUGGACUGUUUCAAGCGCGCCGACUUGAGACGAACAUUAACCGCAGUCUUCAUCAUCUCUGGUCUCAACAUUUGCGGCGCGCAGCUUCUAACUCAAAACAUCUAUUUCCUAUUUAUCGCCGGCCUCCCGAUCGAGCAUGUGUUCGAUGUUGGUAUCGGCGGGUUCGCAGUGUCUAUUCUCUUAGUGAUAGCAAGCUGGACAGUGCUUGAUAGUGUCGGGCGCCGGUUGUUAUUCCUUUCCGGCCCGCUCGUUUCUGCGGCCGGUCUCUUUAUCAUCGGAGGUCUAUACUAUGUCCGCGGAUUUGGUCCUGUGUGGGGUAUUGCCGUUAUUAUGAAUCUGCUCAUCGCAUGGGGUGUCGUGACCCUCAUCGCUAUGGGUUGGACGCUAGUGUCUGAGAUAUCGUCCUACCGCUUGCGAGCUAAGACUCAGUCGAUCGCCGUGUUUUCAAACGCCAUAUUCCAGUGGAUCUUCUCCUUCAUUACGCCCUAUCUUUAUAAUGUCGAUUCGGCAAACCUCGGCGCGAAGACUGGCUUCAUAUAUGCAGCGCUGGCUAGCGUCUAUCUCGUUGGCGCAUAUUGGAUUGUUCCAGAGACUAAGGGGCUUAGCAUCGCCGAGGUAGACUGGAUGUUCGAAAACAGGAUCUCGGCAAGGUACUUUCAGGAGCGCAGACAGGAGGCGCAUGCUCAGAUUAUUGAUAAUAUUGAAAAGUUACCCUAG